AUAAAACACUAUGAAUCCCUCAACAUAUUACGAUUUUACUGACCCUGCUCAACAUGGUGCGAGCAGUGCAGKUCCACAGUACCCAUUCAAUCCCAUGAGUACGGUGUACAAUACGUCUUCCAUGCAGACUUCUUACGCUGUACAAGAAGUGUCAAUGCAAUGYACAAGUUCAUGGGCGGCAGGCGAGUUGUCACAAGGGCAGUCAAGAAGCUUUCUGCAAAACGCCACCGAGAUACCGAAAAUUACUGAACUACAGGUUAACAGUGAGUCUCAGCAAGUAGCCGAAAGGAARCCAGUUCUUCCAGUGAAACAUCGGCCGUCAUGGACCUCGGCGAGCGUUCGUUCUCGAUCAAGAACAGCCUACACACAAACACAACAACUUGAAUUAGAGAAAGAAUUCCUGUACUCAAGAUACCUAACCAGAACAAGAAGACUAGAACUCGCUAAAUCACUUGGACUCUCUGAAAAACAUCUUAAAAUAUGGUUUCAAAAUCGACGYAUGAAACUCAAGAAAAGCRAGAUGAAUUUCUGUAAAGGAAAAGCUAACACUAGUGAAAUUCGUCAGAUGUACGAUGAUGACGGGGUGACUCAGUUUUGGGAAUGAACUCUUCUGAACAACCGCUACCGCGUGGAUUAAAUGAAAAAACUUUAUAUUAUACUCAACACGAAAUUAAAUACUUUAUAAAAUGGACAGUAAAUUAUAUAUAUGUAUAUUGAUGAUGCCAUUAWUAUAAUGUCGAAGAGUGCAUGGUCUUCGGUAAAACAUCCAAAAAAUUACGAAAGUAAUACUGAUGCAGAAUACUAUGGGUGAGGUAAACUUCAUAUUCUUAUAUUUUCAUGUUUUGCUAUAUUCUAAUAAUACUGUAAAUAUCAAAAAUCAAAAAAAGGAUUUWUAUAAACAGUUAAAUCRCAUUAUAAAAUAAAACAAAUAGCCACUGUUU